AUGUCCACGUCGACGCCGCCUCCGCUAGCGGCAAGCCGCCAAGAGCAGCCAGCCGGCGACUGUCCGCCACCUCCGCGCCCUACCACCGCCUUCGAUGAUACUUUGUACGCGACCAACAAGAAGGUCCUCACGAUGCACAUCGACAGCUACAAGGAGGCGACGAAGCUGGCGGCCAACGGCAUGAACAUCAAGUCCCCCAAUCUCGACGCCGGCGGCCACUCAUGGCACAUCCUCGUCUACCCCAACGGCAGGCUCCCCGGCACCACGGACUCCAUGUCGCUCUUCCUCCAGCUCGCCGAUGCCCCAGACGAUGGCGGGUACGUGAAGUUCGAGUACCAGUUCAUGCUGGAAAUACACAGCGGCGACAGCCGCGGGCUGGAGUUUAUGUCCGGCGGAGUCGUCGCCGCCGCCAACAAGAGGUGGAACGCGCACGGCUUCGAGCGGUUCGUGUCACGUGAAGAUCUCGGCAAGAGGGGCUUCGUCAAGGCUGAUCGCUUCCAGAUCCGCUGCGACGUCAUCGUCUUGGAAAAGAAGCCGUCGAUGCUGCCGGUCGUCGAGACACCGCCGCCCUCGGGUCAGCCGAGCCCGGCUACCGAGACGGCGCCGCCGGGGCUAUCAGGCUCGCGCCAAGCCCCUGCGCUCAUCACCUUUCUUCAGAACAAUAAAGAUAUCUUUGCAUGGAAACCAUCUGAUAUGCCCGGUAUUCCUAGAGAGGUGAUUGAGCACUCCUUGCAUGUCAAAGAAGAUGCCAAGCCUAUCAAACAACGACUCCGCCGAUUCGCACAAGACAGGAAGGACGCGAUCAAGGAAGAAUUAACCAAGCUGUUAGCGGCAGGCUUCAUCAAAGAAGUCCUUCAUCCCGACUGGCUGGCAAACCCGGUUCUAGUUCGGAAGAAAACGGGGCAAUGGCGCAUGUGUGUUGAUUAUACUGACCUCAACAAGUCUUGCCCUAAAGAUCCUUUUGGGUUGCCUCGCAUUGACCAGGUAGUCGACUCGACCGCUGGCUGCGAGCUUCUCAGUUUUUUGGAUUGCUACUCGGGGUAUCAUCAGAUCCGACUGAAGGAAUCCGACUGCUUGAAGACUUCAUUCAUCACGCCCUUUGGAGCAUACUGCUACGUCACCAUGCCGUUCGGACUAAAAAACGCAGGAGCAACUUAUCAACGUAUGAUCCAGAGAUGCUUCUCAACGCAGAUCGGCCGCAACGUUGAAUCCUAUGUGGAUGAUGUAGUCGUCAAGACCAAGCAAAAGGAUGAUUUGAUCUCGGAUCUAGAAGAAACCUUCGCGAGCAUCCGUGCUUUCAGGAUGAAAUUAAACCCUGAAAAGUGCACCUUCGGAGUGCCGUCAGGGAAGCUGCUUGGUUUUAUGGUGUCUCAUAGGGGCAUCCAAGCCAACCCGGAGAAAGUUACUGCUAUCCUCAACAUGAAACCGCCAAGUACCCAGAAAGAUGUUCAGAAGCUGACUGGAUGCAUGGCGGCGCUCAGCCGAUUUGUUUCGAGACUUGGCGAGCGGGGGAUGCCCUUCUUUAAGCUAUUGAAGAAAACAGAUGAUUUCCAGUGGGGACCCGAAGCACAGAAGGCCUUCGAAGAUUUCAAGAAACUCCUCACCGAGCCACCAGUCUUAGCUUCA